AGCUGAGAGAGAGAGAGAGAGAGAGGAAGAAAUAAUGGCACAAGUGAUGAAGCCAGUGGGGGAAGAGAUCAAGGCGGCGGAUGGUAGUGGUGGGAGCGGAUCUUCGGACGCUGCGGGGAUAGGACAUAUAACCAUUGACUUAAUAAAAAAAACUGACGGAGAUACAGAUUUCAAACUUGGGAGGUUCUUGGAGGAGCCGGAUUCACAUAAGUUCCGCUGUCCUCAUUGCAAUGCUUGCAUCGAAAAUAUUAAUGUCGUUCGUCGGGGAGAACCGGGGCCAAUAAUAACAACUCCUGGUGAUCCUCGGGGGCCAAUAACAACAUAUCCUGGUGAUCCUCGGGGGCCAAUAACUACAAAUCCUGGUGAUCCUCUGGGGCCAAUACCAACAAAUCCUGGUGAUCCUCGGGGGCCAAUAACAACAUAUCCUGGUGAUCCUCAGGGGCCAAUAACAACAAAUCCUGGUGAUCCUCUGGGGCCAAUACCAACAAAUCCUGGUGAUCCUCGGGGGCCAAUAACAACAUAUCCUGGUGAUCCUCUGGGGCCAAUACCAACAAAUCCUGGUGAUCCUCGGGAGCCAAUAAUAUGCGCCUCCUGCAGCAGCUUUCUGGUUUUCAUAGGGGAUAAACUCACCGCUAUGUGUAACCCGCAGCGGCACCCGGAGCCUGAGCCUGGCGUACCUGCAAAGAAAUGGGACAUUCUAAAAAGCAUUGUGUAUGGUGGUUUACUAGAAUCAAUUGCAAGCCUCACCGUUGUAACAUCUGCAGCCGGUGCUGAUGCUACCGCAUUGAAAAUUUUAGCUUUGGGAUUGGCGAAUGUGAUUGGUGGACUCUUUGUGAUUGGACAUAAUCUUAUGGAACUUAGAAAUGAAUCAAAUGAUCAAUCUGGAGGGCCUAGUACUGCUAAUGAAGAAACGGGUCGUUAUCACCGAGAACUGGGUCUAAAAGAGAAUUUCAUACGUCAUGCAACAGUGGCCGUUUUGUCAUUUCUCCUUUUCGGCUUAGUGGCUCCUGUGACUUACAGCUUCUCAUUUCUUAAGAGCGGCAACAAGGAUCUCAAGCUCGUAGCAGUUGCAGCAGCUUCUCUGGUGUGCAUCACUGUGCUUGCUAUUGGAAAAGCUUACACCCAAAAGGCAUCCGGUUUUUUUGGGUACAUCAAAACCGUGUCGUCUUUUGUUAUUCCCGGGUUUAUGGCAUCAGGAGUGUCUUACGUAGUUGGUGAUCUAAUCGAGAAGCUCUUGGAGAAGCUGGGUUUGUUUGAGUCAAGUUCAGCUUUCGCCCUGUCCCUUCCUGGGACUGCAACACCAGAGUCCGGAUGGGGAUUCUAUUGAGGAGUGCUGCAAGUUGACUGUUAAAUCUAGAGGAUCCAACCAAUAAAUUAAUGAUUGGGACUGGUGGUAAGAUAUAUUUGCCUUGCGAUACUAGUAUCGGUAGUAUUGCUUUAGCUUUUUUACGUCUAGAUUUUGUUAGCUUGUGAUUUAUUUGUUUAGAUGGACGAGAAACAUGAGCAAACCUGGAUGCUAGUGAUUUAAUUUUUUUGCUGAAAAUUUGCUAUUUUUCUUUUAA